GAUGAUAGAUCUAGGAGGAAUUACAGGGAUGAUGGAUCUAGAAGAAGGAAUUCACGAAGACGUGGAAGAAAUGGCGCGGUUGAUGGUACAGUUGGCUUGUCUGAGCAGCCUCUUUCAAAGAAUGACAAAAACACGAUUCGUCGUUCACAGGUUCCUCAAAUUGUUGAUACACUAUAGCACCUCAAAGCAAAGGACAUGCUUCCAGUAAUUUGGUUCAUUUUUAAUAGGAGAGGUUGUGAUGCAGCCGUGCAGUAUGUUGAAAAUUACAGCCUUUUGGAUGAGUGUGAGAUGAGUGAGGUAGAACUCGCAUUGAAAAAGUUCCGGCUUCAGUAUCCUGAUACUGUGAGGGAGACUGCAGUAAAGGGACUAAUUAGAGGAGUUGCUAUUUCAGCGAGGACUUGUUAAGGUUGUCUGUGCUACAGAAACUCUGGCGGCUGGAAUCAACAUGCCUUCUAGGACCGCUGUUAUUUCAUCUCUUAGCAAAAGGACAAGCACUGGACGCAUCCAAUUAAGCCCUAACGAAUUGCUUCAAAUGGCAGGGCGUGCUGGACGUAGAGGCAUAGAUGAAAGGGGCCACGUUGUGAUAGUGCAGACUCCUUAUGAAGGUGCUGAAGAGUGCUGCAAGCUUCUAUUUUCUGGAGUUGAACCCCUCGUAUCACAGUUCACUGCUUCCUAUGGAAUGGUGUUGAAUCUUCUAGGAGGCGCAAAAGUUACUCGUCGGUCAAAUGAAUUGGAUGAAACAAAUACCUUACAAGCAAGGAGGACUUUGGAAGAGGCGAGGAAGUUAGUUGAACAAAGUUUUGGAAAUUACUUGGGGAGCAAUGUAAUGCUUGCUGCAAAAGAGGAGCUUGCUAAAAUACAGAAAGAGAUUGAAACCCGCCGCUCCAAAGUUCCAGUGAGUUCUACGCAGCGCCGCCUUAAGCUUCCAGAAACCUGUCGCCGUUCAUUGUCGACACCUCCAUUGCCAGGUGCUUCAACCACGACGCUGCCGCCCUCGUCGAAGAUUCCAACGGCUGCCACGACCUCUCCACACAUCAAUGCCCAAAGGGUGAAUCACCACAAAUUCGGUGACUCACCGAAAAUUCACCUUUGGACCGGUUCGAAGAGAAUACCAGUAAUGGCUAUAAAGCCAUCGCUGCAAGAAAAAAGGGGGCCACGACAACAAACGGAGAACAACAAAAAAAAAGGAGGAGGACAGCCACAACCAAAAACGAGAGAGAUGCAGUAA